AUGGAAGUAUUCCAGGAACUUCGUAAGACAUCUGCACGUUUGGAGUGUGACCACUGCAGUUUCAGAGGCACAGAUUAUGAAAAUGUACAAAUUCACAUGGGUACCAUCCAUCCAGAAUUUUGUGAUGAAAUGGAUGCCGGUGGGUUAGGUAAAAUGAUAUUUUACCAGAAAAGUGCAAAGCUGUUUCACUGCCAUAAAUGCUUUUUUACCAGCAAGAUGUACUCUAAUGUAUACUAUCACAUCACAUCCAAACAUUCGGCCACAGAGAAGUGGAAUGAGAAACCAAAAAAUCAGUUCAACAAAGAAGCAGAACCUGUGAAAAGCCCCCCUCUUCCUGAACACCAGAAAACAGCCUCCAGUUCAGCAGAGCUGAAACCUGUCCCUGCCCUUUCUAUAGAAACACAGAAACUUGGCCCAGUUACGUCUCCAGAAUCACCAGAACCUGCUCCUCUUCCUUCCUUGGACUCUCAGAAGCCUGCCCCCGUUGUUUCUCCUGAGCCUCAGACACCUUCUCUUCCUUCUCCUGAGCCUCCAAAACCGGCCCCUGUUUCUUCUGAACUUCCAAAACCAGCCCCUCUUGUUUCUGAAUCUCAGAAACUAGUCCCUGUUCCUUCUCCAGAACCACAGAAACUUGCUCCUGUGUCUCCUGAGCCAGUAAAGGCCACUCUGACUAAUCCCAAAGCCCAGAAACACUCCCAUUUCCCAGAAACAUUGGUGCCGCCUUCAGCCCCAUCCCCCGAGUCACCAGUACUAGCUGCCUCCCCAGAACCUUGGGGACCGUCCCCAACUGCAUCUCCGGAGUCUCGGAAGCCAGCCCGGACUGUCUCCCCUGAGCCAAGGAAGCUGUCCCCAUCAGCAUCUCCUGAACCUUGGAAGCCGUUCUCUGCUGUCUCCCCAGAGCCUCGGAGGCCAGCCCCAGCUGUGUCACCAGGCUCUUGGAAGCCAGGGCCACCUGGAUCCCCCAGGUCUUGGAAAUCCAGUCCAUCAGCAGCAUCAGGGCCUUGGAAGCCAGCUAAACCUGCUCCAUCUGUGUCUCCUGGACCUUGGAAACCAAUUCCUUCUGUAUCACCUGGACCUUGGAAACCGGCUCCAUCUGUGUCCCCCGCCUCCUGGAAGUCUUCAUCAGUCUCGUCUGGUUCCUGGAAAUCUCCUCCCGCGUCUCCUGAGUCCUGGAAGUCUGGCCCACCAGAGCUGCGAAAGACCGCUCCCACCUUAUCACCUGAACACUGGAAGACAGUUCCUCCAGUGUCUCCUGAGCUUCGCAAACCAGGCCCAACACUGUCCCCAGAGAUCCGGAGUCCAGCGGGAUCUCCAGAACUCAGAAAGCCCUCAGGGUCUCCAGAGCUUUGGAAGUUUUCUCCUGAUCAGCGGAAAACAUCUCCUGCUUCAGUUGAUUUUCCUGAGUCCCAGAAAAGUUCCCGUGGUGGUUCCCCUGAUCUCUGGAAGUCUUCCUUCUUCAUUGAACCUCAGAAACCUGUCUUCCCUGAGAUCCGGAAACCAGGUCCUUCUGGGCCCUCUGAGUCCCCAAAAGCAGCCUCUGACAUCUGGAAGCCUGUUCUCUCUCUCGACACGGAGCCUCGAAAGCCUGCCCUGUUUUCUGAGCCUGCCAAAGCCGGCCCUCCUGCUUCUCCUGAACCACGGAAGCGUGCUCUUUUCCCGGAGCCCCGGAAGCAUGCCCUUUUCCCCGAACUUCCAAAAUCUGCCAUCUUCUCGGAGUCUCAGAAGGCAGUUGAGCUUGGUGAUGAACUCCAGGCAGAUGCCAUAGAUGAUCAAAAGUGCGAUGUUUUAGUUCAGGAAGAACUAAUGGCUACACCUAAGAAACUCUUAGAAGACACUUUAUUUCCUUCCUCAAAGAAGCUCAAGAAAGACAACCAAGAGAACUCUGAUGCUGAGCUUAGUAGCAGUGAGUAUAUAAAAACAGAUUUGGAUGCGAUAGAUAGUAAGGGCCAAGAAUCAAGCAGUGAUCAAGAGCAGGUUGAUGUGGAAUCUAUUGAUUUUAGUAAAGAGAACAAAAUGGACAUUACUAGUCCAGAGCAGUCCAAAAAUGUAUUGCAGUUUACCGAAGAAAAAGAGGCUUUUAUCUCUGAAGAAGAGAUUGCAAAAUACAUGAAGCGUGGAAAAGGAAAGUAUUAUUGCAAAAUUUGUUGCUGUCGUGCUAUGAAAAAAGGUGCUGUUUUGCAUCAUUUGGUUAACAAGCAUAAUGUCCAUAGUCCUUACAAAUGUACAAUUUGUGGAAAAGCUUUUCUUCUGGAAUCUCUCCUUAAAAAUCAUGUAGCUGCUCAUGGGCAAAGUUUGCUUAAAUGUCCACGUUGUAAUUUUGAAUCAAAUUUUCCAAGAGGCUUUAAGAAACAUUUAACUCACUGUCAAAGCCGGCAUAAUGAGGAAGCAAAUAAAAAGCUGAUGGAAGCUCUGGAACCUCCACUGGAGGAGCAGCAAAUCUGA